CAUUUAGUUGAUUAACUUCCACAGAACGUUGUGGUUGUCUUUUUUACAAAAAUAAAUUUUUAAGUCUUUCAUAAAAAGUUUUUUAAAAACUUUUUUGUAACGUUUCUAAGUUUCGUUUCAAAAAUUAAAAUAUGAGUAUCUCUUUCAUUGGUUUUGCUGAUCACAAUUAUGUUGUAAGUGUGUGAAGUGUGAAGAUUGAUGAGAUAAAUCGGGCCUAAAUCUAUAUCAGAGAUUCUGCAACUACAUCUGCAAAUUAAUGGUCAUCAUUGUUGCUUGGAACAACUUAAAAUCGUACACAGUCGUAUGGAGUAAAAUAAGAUUUUUUUCUAAGACCCAGAAGUGUGCAAUUAUUUUUAAACGAAGCAGUACUUAAAACGGUUUCUAGACUUGGAAAAAAAAAGCUGCAAACAUGAGAGCGGCCCAAAUUCAAGGUACAACACCGAAUAACAAUGAUUCUACCAUUGUUAUAACCAUCGAGGCAAAUGAAAAAACUCCACUCUUAGGAGGCGCUUGGAAGCAAAAUCCAUCGUCAGGAAAUUGCGCACAGAAAUUAAAUGGCAGCGGUGGAUUAGGAGAUUUAAAAUUUUGUGAUUUUCGUGUGCUGGGAAUUGCUGUUUUAUUAGUUGGAGGUUUUACAAUUGCCACCUACCUUCUGGUUACGGAAUCUCGUUUACCAUCAGCUAGAUUCGCAUUGGACUUAGUAAACCGUGAUGUUUGGACUCAAACAGUUAUUCCUUUGGGUAAGCUUCUAAACGAUUCGAAAGUUUUGCAUAUACUUAUGGUACAAACUGGAGGUCAAAUUUGUAUGGAACUUUACAGCUGCAUGGAUGUUCUCAGAGAAAUGCAGAAGAUCCAAGGAAACGCACAUGGUGAGAUACCUUAUAAUUUCCUCAUUGGCGGUGAUGGUCAAACUUACGAAGUAAGGGGAUGGAACCACGAGAGUGGAUUGAGUAUCUUACCACAGCAAUCGUCUUUGGUAAUUGGCUUUAUUGGUAAUUACACGUUUGUUCCACCAACCGACACACAGUGCACCAGUGCCCUGUCCAUAGUCAAUGAAUCUAUGCAAAGGAAGAAAUUGCACAGCUCCUACCAAGUUUUCGGCCUGAGGAAUCUAUCAAUCUCACACUUUGACGGCGAAGCGCUGUUCAAUCGUAUUUCGAAAUGGCAGCGGUUUGUAACUUUAUUGAAUGUCUUGUAAAAAAAUUUUAUGAGUGUUUGUAUAAAAUAAAAAUCUUUGUAUUGUGAUUUUAAUAA